AUGACGGACGAGCAAGGAUUCCAGAAACCGAAGCCAGGGUUUGCGACCAUAGCUGUCCAUGCUGGUCAAAACCCUGACAAAUGGAAUGGAGCAGUGGUGCCACCUGUCGUGAUGUCCACUAUGUACAAACAGGCUCCUGAGGGACAUAAGGGUUACGUGUACUCCCGAUCAGCCAACCCAUGAGGGACACCCUACAAGAAUGUCUCGCGGCAUUGGAGGGCGCUAAGUAUGCGUUCACCUUUGCAUCAGGCCAGGGAGCGACCACCAGUAUUACUUCUCUACUUAAUAAGGGAGACCAUUUGGUUUCUAUUGAUGACGUAUAUGGAGGUACCAGCCGAUUGAUGAGAGAAAAUCUACCAAGACAUGGCAUUGACGUCACGUUUACAGACAUUACAGACUUGGAUAAACUGGAAAAUGCUAUUCAAGAUAAUACUAAGAUGGUCUGGCUGGAGACUCCUACAAAUCCUAACUGCACCGUAGUAGACAUUGCUGCCACUGUCCAAUUAGUGAAGAAGCGUGGUGAUAUCAUUGUAGUAGUCGACAAUACAUUCCUCACAUGCUACUUGCAAAGGCCACUGGAUUUCGGGGCUGAUAUAGUAAUGUACUCUCUGACCAAAUACAUGAAUGGGCAUUCUGAUGUUGUGAUGGGAGCAGCUGUACUUAACAGCCAAGAAAUUGCUGACAAACUUAGGAUUAUACAGAAAUCGCUGGGAAUUGUUCCAUCAACAUUUGAUUGUUACCAAGUCAACAGGAGUUUGAAGACACUCUCUUUGCGCAUGGAACGUCAUAAGGCAACGUCUUUAGUUAUUGCUAAGUGGCUGCAGAAGCAACCGAAUGUCAUUGAAGUUUUGCAUCCAGGCCUGACCACACACAAAGGACAUGAGGUUUCCAAGAGGCAAACGUCUGGUCAUUCAGGAGUCUUCAGCUUCAGACAUACAGGAGGUCUGGAAGAGUCCAGAAAACUACUGAGUUGCUUCAAGGUCUUUAUAUUGGCUGAAAGCUUAGGAGGAUAUGAAAGUUUGGCUGAAAUACCAUCGAUAAUGACCCACAAAUCAGUUCCCCCACCACAGAAAGCUCAGCUUGGCAUCACAGAUUCCCUGGUCAGGUUUUCCAUUGGAUUGGAAGACCCGGAGGACCUCAUCAAAGAUUUGGAAAAUGCAUUCAAAGAAACCUUUAAUAACUAG